UCACGUGGUUCUUUCUCCUACUCUCUGGCUGUUUCUAGAGCUUCUUUUUCUGAGGAAGGGGUUAUAAAACUGCAAGUAGUAAUUUCCAGAACACAGAUUGUAAGAUUUUGAAGGGAUUGUUUGGAGAAACAUCAAAGAUGUCAGAGACUGGAAAUGAUGAACAGAUGGAUGUAGGAUCGGUGGUUGAAGCUGUUUCCGCUGAUCAUUCCUUUGGCGCUCCUCUCUACGUAGUCGAGAGCAUGUGCAUGCGCUGCGGAGAAAAUGGAACAACUAGAUUUCUGUUGACCUUAAUUCCUCACUUCAGAAAGGUCUUAUUAUCUGCAUUUGAAUGUCCUCACUGUGGAGAAAGGAAUAAUGAAGUUCAGUUUGCUGGUGAGAUUCAACCCCGAGGAUGCUCUUACCGUCUAGAGGUUUCAGCUGGGGAUGACAAGAUGUUUGACCGGCAAGUUGUGAAAUCUGAAUCAGCCACUAUUAAGAUUCCUGAACUGGAUUUUGAGAUACCACCAGAGGCCCAACGUGGAAGUUUGUCAACGGUAGAAGGGAUAUUAGCGAGGGCUGCUGAUGAACUAAGUGCCCUUCAAGAAGAACGCAGGACAGUAGAUCCUAAAACUGCUGAAGCAAUAGACCAAUUCUUAUCUAAACUGAGAGCUUGUGCUAAAGCAGACUCAUCCUUCACCUUCAUUUUGGAUGAUCCUGCUGGAAACAGUUUCAUUGAGAACCCGCAUGCCCCAUCGCCAGAUCCUUGUUUACACAUCAAAUUCUAUGAGCGAACACCCGAGCAACAAGCAGCUCUUGGAUAUCUUUCUAACUCAUCUCAGACUGGACAGCCAGAGAGAGACCACCCUCCUUCUACUGCUGCUAUACCCCAUGGAGCAAUCGGAGCAGCAGCUGGUCAUCGGGCGAUUGCUCAAAGUAACAGCACUGAUAUUUCUGAUAAUUUGUUCAGAUACACUGCACCUGAAGAGGUGAUGACUUUCCCUUCAACUUGCGGAGCAUGUAUGAAGCUGUGCGAGACACGCAUGUUUGUGACUAAAAUCCCGUACUUCCAGGAGGUUAUUGUCAUGGCAUCUACAUGUGAUGAUUGUGGCUAUCGCAACUCUGAGUUGAAGCCUGGUGGUGCAAUUCCUAAAAUGGGAAAGAAAAUUAUCCUCUCCGUGAGGAACAUCGCUGACCUUAGCAGAGACGUUAUCAAGUCUGAUACUGCAGGAGUGAAAAUCCCAGAACUUGAUUUGGAGCUAGCUGGUGGUACACUUGGUGGAAUGGUGACAACAGUCGAAGGGCUAGUCACACAGAUCAAAGAAAGCUUAGCGAGAGUCCACGGGUUCACUUUUGGUGACAGUUUGGACGAGAGUAAGAAGAACAAGUGGAGAGAAUUUGGAUCCAGACUAACCAAGCUCCUAAGCUUAGAAGAGCCAUGGACUUUGAUUCUUGAUGAUGAGUUAGCGAAUUCCUUCAUUUCACCUGUAACAGAUGAUAUCAAAGAUGAUCACCAGCUCACAUAUGAGGAGUACGAAAGAUCAUGGGAACAGAACGAGGAGUUGGGUCUCAACGACAUAGAUACUUCUUCAGCCGAUGCUGCUUAUGAGUCCACAGAGACAACUAAAUUACCUUAAACAUGAAAUGCUGUUGUCACUGUGAUACGUGUUAGUUGGUGAUGAUCUGCAGAUAUCAAAGCCGUAAAUGUUUAUGGCUUAUGCACACGAAUUACAGAGUAAACCAAGUCAUGUUAUGUAAUGCUGGAGCUUCUUUUUCUUCUUAUGAAUUGUGUCCGGAUCCUUGAAUACGACCUCGUUCCUUUUGCGUUGUAUUUCAGUUUCGUAUGGGAACUUGGCUAGACAUGCUUCAUAGCCUUCCAUGUC